GUCAGUGAUUUAUGUGUAGUAUAAAAAAAAAAGGGAGCUAACAAAAACUAGUAUUAUUAAAAGUUGUUACUUGUCUAGUUGAAUAUAUAAUAAAUUAAGACAAUGGGAGAUGCAGAGUUAGAAGAACUGCGGAAACAGCGAUUAGCACAAUUGCAAUCGCAGUACAAGGGUGACAAUGCCAGCAAUCAACAAGCGGUACAGGAAAAACAACAACAAAUGGAAGAAAUGAAAAACAUGAUGCUCAGCCAAGUACUUGAUCAAAAUGCCAGAGCAAGAUUAAAUACGUUAUCUUUGGGAAAGCCAGAAAAAGGAAAAAUGGUGGAAAACAUGAUAUUGGCUAUGGCUAACAGAGGACAAAUUUCAAGUAAACUUGGAGAGUCAGAAUUAAUUAAGAUUCUAGAAUCGAUAAACAAACAAACUACACAAAAGACUCCAGUUGUUAAAUUUGAUAGGCGCAGAGCAGCUUUGGAUUCUGAUGAUGACUUGUAACAUUAAAUAAGUCUCGCUCCAAUAAUAUUGGCUUGUCAAAUGGAA